UGAAUUCAGCAACAUCUCAUUAAUGCGAAGGAACUGCGAUACAGAUAAAUAGUGUUUUUAUUUAUAAUUAAUCUAAUUGUACAGCACUAGUCCGGAGUCUAUUAUUGAGCGUGACUCAGUUUACUUUGAUCUAUCACGGAAGAAGGCAGCACCUACUGGCCGAUAAGUGAUAAAAACAUCGUUGGAAAAUCGAUCGGAUUAACAACAAGUACCUGGAACUUCAAUCAAAUGAGGUGGUCACUGAUAUGCACCAUUUUACUGAUUUUCUACACUCAAAAUAUCAAAGCGGCUAAGAUUCUAGUCUUGGCUACAGUUUCUUCCCACAGUCAUGCAAUUUUUACUAAUGCCAUUACCAGCGCACUUGCCGCUAGAGGACACGAGCUGGUCGUUCUGUCUCCAGACAAGGAAAAGCGUGCGAUCCGAAACAUAACAACGAUCUAUCUCGAAGGCGGUUACGAUGAUGAAUUGUUCAAUAUAAAUUUGGAGAAGAUGCCAUCGUCGGAGGGGCUUUUCGAUUAUUUCGGGAUGUAUAAAGAAUUCUCCACGGCCACAUGCCAAACUCUUCUAUUCUCCCCCGGGAACAAGAAGUUUCACAGGGAUCAUAGAGAUCACAAAUUCGACCUCAUUUUAUUCGACAUCGGUUGCUCGGAGUGUUUCCUGAAAUACGCCCACGUCUUCGGACACCCUCCGAUCGUGGCCUACUCAGCCUUCUUCACGAUCCAACCCUACAACUUGGGCAAUUUUUACAACCCGGCCUACGUGCCCCAUUUCGCGACCGGGUUUGGCGACCGCAUGAAGUUCAACGAGCGGUUCAUGAACUGGCUCUACUACCAGUACAAUAGUUUCUGGCGCCGGUAUCUGUACCUGCCCGCCGUGGACCGGAUAUCCGAUGCGUUUUUCGGGUUCUCCGAGCCGAAAAUCGCGGACCUCGAACGGGAGAUCUCGUUGAUGUUGACCGAUGACCAUUUCAGUAUUUCCCUCCCGAGGCCGAACGUCCCUGCUGUUGUCGAUGUUGCGGGACUCCACAUCAAACCGGCCAAGGCUUUGCCCGACGACUUGAAAGAAUUCGUCGAAGGAGCGAAGCAUGGCGUUAUAUUUUUCAGCUUGGGCUCAAAUUUUCUGAGCAAACAUAUGUCUCAGCAAAGGAAGCAACUGUUUCUGGAGGCGUUCAGCCAACUCCCGCAAAGAGUCGUGUGGAAGUACGAGGACGAAACAUUGCAAAAUCUACCCAAAAAUGUUCUCGUGAAAAAGUGGUGCCCGCAAACUGAUAUUUUAGGCCAUAACAAUACGGUUCUGUUCAUGACCCAUAAUGGCUAUUUGAGCACCCAGGAGUCCAUCUAUUUCGGGGUUCCGAUGCUUGGAUUGCCCGUGAUCGUGGAUCAAUUUCAAAACAAUGCAAAAAUGGUCAAGGCAGGAAUUGCGCUCAGGUUGGAUCUCAAAGAAAUUAAUAGCCCUGAGCAAAUAACGAAUAAAAUUAUGACAAUAUUGAACAACCCAAGCUUCCGGGAAAAAGCGCAAGAGAUGUCGGUGCUUUUCCGGGAUCGGCCGAUGACUCCCCUGGACACGGCAAUCUACUGGAUCGAGUACGUGUUGCGGCACAAGGGAGCCAAGCAGCUGAGGGUGGCCAGUCUCGACUUGGCCUGGUACCAGUACUACCUCCUCGACAUCUAUUUCCUCAUCGCUGUCUCAGUUUUCGCACUAUACUAUGUUCUUGUCGCCUUUUUGCGAGCGAUUUUGAGCGAUGAACCGAAAGAAAAAGAAGCGUAAAAUCUCCUACUACUUCUAUGUAACUUCUUAAUUAAAAUGAUACGCGAAUUAGCACGAUUUAAGUCUAGGUCUAUAUUGAAGCGUAUCACAAUAUCGACGGUCAAAGUGCGAAUCCGCCUACCUCCGUUUGCGACGUUGCCAACAUCCUGUCGUACUUUAUUUGUUCAUUGGGAAACUAAUAAACAUAAUGUCUUUAAAA